UUAGAUGUCUUACUAAUUUAAGUGAGACUUUUGGAAUGAAGUAAAACCGUACUACUAAUUUAAAAAUUAAAAGGGGUUUUUUAUUUGCGCGGCUACAUUGCGGGACGAUGCUAAACAGUUGUUAUCGUUAACAUGUCAAUCCCCACAGAAUCACCGACUCAAGAAAACGGAGAAGAACAAGAAUCUCUGCCAUCAACUCACCACCCUCCUGCCCCUUCCCAUGAGCUGUUUGAUCUAUCAACAACUGUUGAUCCUGCAUAUGUAAUAUCUUUGAUACGAAAACUCCUACCAACAGAAGUGAAAGUUGGAGGGGCCUCUGGGGAACAAAAAACUGAAGAGCUGACGACAACUUCAGCCUCUUCUUUUGAAAAUGGAGAAGGGAUGCAGACAAAUCAUGAAAAUAAAUCCCUGGAUGUUGUUAAUGAUUUUAAUAAAGCAGAAACAGUAAACGGAUUUGAUGGUGUUCUAUGCCGUGAAAGUACAAAGAAGGGGUCAACAGCAGGAGAAGACGCCUGGGAAGAAUAUGGUUGUAUUUUAUGGGAUCUUGCUGCAAGUAAAACUCAUGCUGAUUUCAUGGCUCAAAACCUCAUACUUGAAGUUCUCUUUUCCACUCUCGUGGUUUCAAAAUCUGCGCGAGUUACAGAAAUUAGCUUGGGAAUCAUUGGAAACCUUGCUUGCCAUGAACUUUCUCAGAAGAAGAUAACUUCCACAAAUGGAUUGAUCAGGGCAAUCUUGGAGCAGCUGUUUCUGGAUGACACACCAUGUCUCUGUGAAGCAUGCCGGGUAGUGACUUUAUGCCUUCAAGGUGAUGAGAGUGUUCUUUGGGCAGAGGCCUUGCAAUCUGAGCAUAUAUUAUGUCGAAUUUUAUGGAUUGUGGAAAAUACAUUAAAUCCACAGCUUAUUGAUAAGAGUGUAAGCCUGCUCCUUGCAAUGUUGCAAAAUAAGCAAGAAGCGGCUGGUGUUUUUCAACCACUAUUAAUGAAGAUGGGUCUCCCCCGAAUUUUGGUUGAUCUUCUAUCCUUUGAGAUGUGCAAAUUAAGGGAAGAGCGGUUACCUGAAAGGUACUUUGUUCUUGGUUUGAUUCUUCAGGCCAUUGAGGCUCUUUCUGUCAUCGAUGAAUGUUCACAAGAAAUCUGUGCAAGUACACGACUUUUUAUACUACUCACUGACCUAAUCAAACUUCCUGAAAAAGUUGAGGUUGCUGAUUGCUGUAUUACUGCUGCUGUUUUGAUAGCAAAUAUACUGACAGAGGCUGCCGAUCUAGCUUUAGAAGUAUCACAAGACCUCUUGCUAUUACAGGGUCUAUUUAGUCUAUUCCCUUAUGCUUCGGUGGAUGUAGAAGCAAGAAGUGCUCUUUGGAGCAUCAUUGCAAGAUUCUUGGUUCAAGUUCAAGAAAAUGACGUGAGCCUUUUGCAACUACAUCAAUAUGUUUCUGUUUUCACAAGUGAAGCAGAAGUUAUUGAGGAAGAACUUCUUAAUGACCACUCCACUGAAGAACUUCUCAAUGACCCCUCCACUGAAGAACCUGUGAGCUCUGGUAUCAUUUCAAGUUUUGUUACCAGAAAUGCAGCUCUCAAUGGAAUUGUAUGGGUUUUAAAUCAAUGGAUUGGUUUGGAGGAUAGAAUCAAGGAGUCUCUUCCUAAGGGGACAUCCCAAGUAAACAAAGAAGAUGCUUACAAGUUGUUGCACUGCUGUGGAAAAUAUAUCAAGGGAUGUUAGCAAACGAUUUUCUUUUCCGAAAGUCCUAGAAGGCUCAGCAAUUUUGGACAAAUAACCCCCCCCCCCCCCCCCCCCCAAACAGGCCCUAUAUGCUUUUCUUGAUACUGUAUUAUCUUCAGAGUUCAUAUUUUCGUGCAUGGUUAUAGAAGGUGCACUUCCAGAUAAGUUUAAUGGCAAUAGUGUUUGAAUUCAACACUGAGAUGGCAUGCUGCUCAGCGAAUUGUUCAUUUGAAGAAAUUAAGAAUACUUAAUCAUGUAAUGGUGUUAAUCUAUUAAUCUAUAACACUGUACUUUUUAUAUUCUGACUUUCGAACCCAGGGUGUUUGUAUCUUGUGGGAGUGUUGAAGCUAUGCAUGGACCUUGAAUCUUAUUGGAUUUCAUUUGGUUUUCCACAUCCCUAUUGGCAAUC